UGGCGCUGCCCACUGAGGAGUGGAAUGGAAUGCACCUGGAACUCACUUCCUCUUGAAGACGUGCAUUAAAUUAAGAAAGCAGUUGAAGGGGGUUUGGAUUGGGAGUGAUGGUGGCUGGGGAAACAUGGAGAGGCCAGAGAGAGCCAUACUUGUAAAUUGUGCUCAGGAGAAGAACGCUGCCUAAUACGUCCUUUUUGGCCACUAGAGGCCCCUAUCAUCCUCUAUGAGGAGUGCCCUCAUUGCCCUUUCCAUCAUGGCCGCCUGGAGUGGCCUGCUUGCCGCUCAUAACGCAUGCGCAAUGAGUACAAACAAAUGUUUGAAAGAAAUUCACCGCGAAACUGGUAAGUCAAUUAAAAUGAUGAAGCCUGUCCGGGGAUCUGAACGCGCCUCCUCCAAGGCACCGAAAGGCAAGAAGACAGGCGAGAAGCCAAAUAAACCCGGUAUAAAGACACGUCAACGGAGAGGAUCUCAGGAGGAGCCCCAGCCAGGAACCAGCAGCCAGAUCCCUCAGCCAAAACCACAGAAGAAGAAGAAGAAAGGUGGCACAGUUGCAAGUCCCAGGAAGCUGAAAGGUCAGGAGAAGUGGAAACCGCUGACCAAGGCCUCCAUUACGGCUCUAGACAACAUACUGGGACUGUCUAUACUGUCUGUUCUGGCCGGAAGACGGACUAACAAAGAGGAAUCGCAGAAACAUCUGAACAUUGUGAAAAACAGGUUCCUGUCUAAACUGGCUCAACUGUCAGUCCCAAUUCAGAAACAGGAAAUGAGUCAUUCUUCCCGUCAACACCAGGAAGAGACUAGGAAGUCAGCCGUUGGCAAGAAGAUCCUCAACAAGCUGGUGGCGCAGCUGGGUGCUGUGGUGGGCUCUCUAGAACAGCUAGAGAAGGAGAGAGACUCCCUGGAGCACCAGUGUUUUAACCUCCGACAACUACUGGAGCAGCAGGAGGAGAGGAAUCAGCAGAUCCUCCAGUUGUCAGAACAAGGAGUCCUGCGUCUCCCCCCUGUACCUCAGCGCAAAGACAGACCCUUACAG